AUGGCUGCCUCCACCUUGUCCAUCUGCUCCACUGACCUGAGCUAUGGCAACCGUGUCUGCCUGCCCGGUUCCAGUGACUGUUGCACUGACUUCGCCCGGCAGGUGGACGACUGUCUAGAGAGCUGCUGCCAGCCCUCCUGCUGUGUCCCCAGCUGCUGCCAGCCCUCCUGCUGCACCCCCAGCUGCUGUACCCUGAUCCCCACCCAGACCCUCCUCUGCACCCCUGUGACCUGUGGGCCCAGCCCCUGCCAAUCAGCCUGCACCAGCUCCUGUACAACCUUGUGCUGCCAGCAGUCUAGCUGCCAGCCCUCCUGCUGUACCUCCUCCCCCUGCCAGCAGGCCUGCUGUGUGCCCAUCUGCUGCACACCUGUCUGCUGCACACCCGUCUGCUGCAAGCCCGUGUGCUCUGUGCCCAUCUGCUCUGGGCCUGCCCCCUGCCCAGCACCCUCAUGCUGCCAGCCGACCCCCUGCUGCAGACCCUCCUCCUGCAUGUCCGUCAUCUGCCGCCCUGUGUGCAGACCCGCCUGCUGCGUGCCUGUCUCCUCCUGCUGUGCCCCCACCUCCUCCUGCUGCCAGCCCAGCUGCUGCCGCCCAUCCUCCUGUGUGUCCCUCAUCUGCCGCCCUGUGUGCAGACCUGCAUGCUGUGUCCCUGCCCCAGUGGCCCAGACAUCCUGCUGCUGA